UGUUUUUUGUGGGUUGUUGUGAGUGUUUUAUAUCAAUUUUAAAUUAUUUUAGUAAUUUACUAAUAUUGAAAGUGGAGUAUAAAUUGUUAUCUCUUCCAUUGAAAAUUUAAGACAGAGAUAUCUGUUCCAUUACAAUCAUUUCCUCUUCUCUUAUAUGACAUUGUGUUUUGGGUUAGUUUCUCAAUUGAAGAUUUGAAAAGAUGGGUGUGAAGUUAUAUGGACCACCCUGGACAUCAGGCACCAGAAGAGUGCUUGCAUGCUUCUUAGAGAAAAACAUUGAUUUUGAGCUUGUAAUGCUGGAUAUGUUUGCAGGAGAGCACAAAAAACCAGAGUCUUUGGCCUUGCAACCAUUUGGAAAGGUUCCUGUGGUUCAGGAUGGAGAUCUCACUCUAUUUGAGUCAACGGCUAUCAUGAGAUACUAUGCAGAGAAAUAUCCAGGACAGGGUACUCGUCUGCUAGGCAAGUCUUUGGAGGAGAGAGCAUUGAUUGAACAAUGGCUUGAAGUUGAAGGACAAAACUUUGAUCCUCAUGCUCUUGCAUUAGUUCAUCAGUUAGUCUUAGCCCCAAGGCUUAAUAGGCCUCAGGACAAGGCAAUCAUUGAGAGCAGUGCCCAAAAGUUGGGUGAAGUAUUAGAUGUGUAUGAAAAGAGGCUGUCAGAGAGUAAGUACUUGGCAGGGGACUUUUACAGCCUUGCUGACCUGGCACAUCUUCCUCAUACUGAAUCUAUAGUGAAUGAUACUCAUAUGGCAUAUCUGAUUAGGAAUAGGAAACAUGUGAAUGCAUGGUGGGAGGAUAUAUCUUCCAGACCUGCAUGGAAGAAGGUUUUGGCUAUGAAGUCAGGCAUUGAAUAGCUGAGCUUUCAAAAUUAACAAAUCCUCUCAAUCUGUUUUUUUUCUGAUUUUUGAAA